UCAUCAUCAUCAUCAUCGUACAGAGCGCAACAUCCCCAUCAUUCAUCAUACAACCGUCUCCCCUCCUCUCCUCUCCUCUCAUCUGUUUUUCUUUCUGCCUAUAAAUAAAUACUCGCAUUCCCUCGAUAACUCCUCCAUCUGCUUCCCACUGAUCUAUUAUCAAAAGAAACUGCUUCCUAUCUAUCUCAUCUCGCAAAUUUGCAAUGGGCAAAAAGAAGAACAACAACAACGACCACGACCACGAUCACAACAACGAAGGGGAGAAGAAGGAGUUAGUACAAAAGAAGGAAGGGGGCGACGGUAGAGACAAGGAGGGGGGAAAGAAUCCUCCGACCGUGGUUCUCAAGAUUGAAAUGCACUGCGAGGGCUGUGCAUCUAAGAUAACCAAAUUCGCUCGUGGCUUGGAAGGUGUGGAAAGCGUCAAAGCAGACACUGAAUCAAACAAGUUAACAGUGAUAGGGAAAGUGGAUCCUUCCCAGAUUCGAGAGAUUCUCCACGAAAAGACCAAGAAGAAGGUGGACCUUAUUUCUCCUCAGCCCAAGAAGGAAGAUUCUAACGCCAAAAACAACAAAGAUGACAACAAGAAAUCCAGCGACAAGAAACCAGACGCCGAGAACAAGAAACCAAAAGAGGCUCCAGUGACGACGGCGGUAAUCAAGGUGGCAUUCCACUGUUUGGGAUGUAUCAAGAAAAUUAGCAACAUCCUUUCCAAGACCAAAGGUGUGCAGGAGAUGACGCUGGAUAAGCAGAAGGAAACGGUGACCGUCAAAGGGACCAUGGACGUUAAGGCGUUGACUGAGACUUUGAAGGACAGACUCAAAAGACCUGUAGAGAUUGUUCCUCCAAAGAAGGAAAAAGAGGGCGGGGGCGGUGGCGGCAGCGGUGGCGGCGACAAGGACGGCGAGAAUGCCGGCGGAGGCGGCGGGAAGAAGAAAAACAAGGGUGGUGGUGAUGGCCAAGAUAAAGCUGGUGCCGGCGGCGAUGCUGCGCCUAAAAUGGAAGGGAACAGAGUGGAGUACGCUAACAUGACGCAACCGGGAUUCGGAUAUAGUCCGGGUCCUGGGUUUGGAUAUGUGGGGCAGGCUCAGCCUGUAUCUGUGUAUGGGAACGGGUACAUGGGUCAGCCCAUUCAGCCUAUGCCUAUGCCUAUGCCUGUGUAUGGGAACGGGUACAUGGGUCAGCCACAGCCAGUCCCUAUGUAUGAAUACGGGUAUGGGUUCGGACAGGGGCAAGUACCGGGUUACCCUGUGCACAUGAAGUUCAAUGAUGAGAACCCAAAUGCCUGCUCCGUAAUGUGAUGAUGGGAAUCUUAUCAAGUGUAAAUAGUUAGUUAGAAUAGAGGGAGCAGAAGGGGAAAAAGAGGAAAUUUUGGGUGGGGAUAUCAAUUAUCUACUUGGUUUAUGUGUUUUAAUCUUUGCUUUUUUAAUAUACUUAGUUUCCUUCGUAAUGUUUUGAUUUGUGGACAUGAAUAUUAAUUAAUUAAUUAUCUUCUGGUGGUAA